CUGCAAUAGGAAGAAGUAUGGAUUUUGGCGAAAAUUUUAUUACAGCCCACAAUACAACCGACGAAAUUUUGUUGCUAUCGUGAUUUCUGUGUGAAAACUUAAGAAUAAGCAUUUGCACAUGAUGGCAUAGACGAUGUGUACAUAAUACGCGACUUAGAGACAUGUCAAAAAAUGACGCUUCUGCAAGUGUUCAAAAUACAGAGGAAAACAGUUCUGAAGUGAAUGAUGUCGAGAAAUGCGCUAAAGAAGAUACCGAAAAGGACAGUGAAAAAUCGGACAGUGUCAAAGACGUGUCAAAGGAUGAAACGGCGUCGGAAGACAAGGUUUCAGAACAAAAAGGGACUCUGGAAUGGGAGCUGGAUGGUUUAAAGUGUAAAGUGAAAUGGAACUUUCCGGAAGGGACGACGACGCCGAAGGACUACAUCGCCUUGUGCUAUGCAGAGUCGGGCGGCGUCGUCGGGCGCGUGCCGGCGACCGGAUGCGCCAGCGGCGGCAUAAUGUGGCUGCUUGAUGAGCCCAAUCAGCCGUACGAAGACUGUGAGCAGCUGCUAUGUUUCCGGUACUACAAUGGCGAGGAGGAGGAGAUGGAAGCGGAGGCGCCGGCGCUGCCCGCGCGGCUCCGUGCGGAGCUACGCAAGCUCCCACAUCGCUUAAAGGAAGGCGUCUCCCGCAAGCGCGGUGGCGAGCGGCAACCACCCUUCUCGUACCACAACGAGAGCUUCGAGCUCGGCUCCGAGCCCGACCCCGCCGAGGUCGCUCGUCUCGUCGACAAAUGCUCAAUUAGCACUCUAGAAAGCAACGGGAACGAGCCAAAACUCGAACAAAAAUGUGAUCCUAGCAAAUUUGUAGAUCCUAGUUUAAGUAAAGAAUCUCAAUCUGUAAAUAGUGAAUCUCGCGCGACGUCGUCGGGGGUGAAAAAGAAAUGUCCACCGCCGGUGGACACGGGCGGCGGGGUGGACCUCGGUGUCAAAAAGAAGUCUAAAAUGAACAGCGGCUUCGAAUCACCUACGUCGCCCGGUACGGAGUACUACAAAAUAUGGUCGCCAAAGAAUCCUUGUAAGAUAAUGAAGUUUGUAUAUGAGGUAGAGGGAGGGAAGGUUCCUGAGGAAGGUCCCCGGUCUCCCGGGCCGCCGCUGCCGCCGCGCGCGUCGCACAAACCGCUGGAGCGUUCAAGGGCACUCUCGCCGCCACCCCACCCUCCGCAAGUGCCACGACAUCGAAAACCCAAAAAACUCACAAAACCUGAAGACUCGUUCAACUUCGAACUGAUCGAUACGGAUGAGCAGUUUUUUACAGACAACAAUAUCUCUAAUUCGGCCACGCUUCAGAGCGGCAUCAACGACUUCAAACCGGGAGAGUUUUACACCGGCAAACAGGUCGCCAUGUCUUCUACGGCGAGCUUCUGGCGAGGCGGGCAGAACGUCGCCCCGCUGGCGACGCCCGAAACCGACGGCAGCUUAUGUGAAUCUACAAUAUCUUCUAUGAAAUUAUCUAGGUUAGUAGACGAGAAGAGAUCUAAAGAUGUACCUGACGGUUCGCCUAGCGUAAGUAGGAAUAAGGUAUUAUUUAUUAAAGAUAUUGGGCCCGAUAACUACAUCACGACGACGUUCGCGAGGAAGGAUAAGGCCCCGACUGAUGCCGUUGACGGCACGAUUCUAACGCCAAACCAUGCCAAAUCAGAGGAGAAGGCGCAGCAUACGUUUUUAAAUGACAUUAGCAAUCACUCAGAGUUUGAGGAUGAUAAUAGGAACCAGAUAGAAGAGAAAGAAAUUACGACUUUGAAAGGUCACAAACCAUUGACGAGGCAGAACUCAGGUCGCGCUACGCCUACAAUGAUGACUGCGUUUUUAAAUUCGCACUCAUCUCAUACCGCAACGACAACUCAAGAACAGCCCGAUAACGGCAGCUCCAAUGCACCUAGUUCAUGUAAUUCUUCACAUUCGACGUCUCCAGUCGAAGAUGGCAACAAGACCCUACCCAGCGUAGGGACUAUGAUUAUGAAUAGAAAGUACUCCUGCGAGAGUUCAACCCCAAAGCAUUCGAGUUUGCCGCGGCAUCUGUUAAAGAACUUGGGUUGUGAAGCGACACCGAAGCAUUCGCCGACAAAUAGCGGGAUGAAUAGUCCAGUGCGGCCGCAUCCAAGAGUCUUGACAAGGGUAGCAGCACUAGCGGGGGCUGCACCACAAUGUCCACCGACACCGACACACCACGCGCGUCGCCCGCGCCCUGCGCCACCAUCAGACCUCACGCCACCUCCAAUACAAAACUCAGAAACCUUCGAAAUGGUCGAAUUCACCAACGAACUCCGUACAACGGAGAUCAGAUCUCCCAACAUGGAGUUCGGGAACAGCAACCAUUUCACCAUCGUCCACGCGGGGCCUCCUGAAGACGUUGUCCUUCGAAGACCUAGACCAGAAGACAGUGAUGAUAAUGAGAAUGCUGUAGCCUCGCCUACGCCUCUAAGGCAUAUGGCGGGCAUAAGACUGCCAUCGAUCCCUGAAAGGGCGUCGAGGCAAAUGGCUUUGACUGGAGAUUUUCCCGCCAAUAUGAUUGGUGGGAUUAUCGAGUGCGAGGAACCAUUACCAGCAGGCUGGGAGGCUCGCAUGGACAGCCACGGGAGAGUGUUCUACAUCGACCACAUCAACCGGACCACGACGUGGCAGAGGCCCGGGGCGAAUGGGACCACGCCGAGAUCCCCUGCCCCGGAGGUGCAGAGGAGGCAGCUUGAUAGAAGAUACCAAUCAAUCCGUCGCACAAUGACGCGCGCGCAGCUCUCGGCGGAGCGCUGCUCCCCGCCCCCCGCCGCGCCCGCGCCCGGCCCCGCGCGCGCGCCCGCCGCGCCGCACCCUGCUGCAGACUUCCUGGCAAGACCCGACUUCUACUCCAUCCUGCACAUGAACCAGGAAGCAUCGGAACUCUACAACUGCAACUCCACCCUGAAGCACAUGAUAUCUAAAAUCCGUCGAGACACGAGCUCUUUCGAGCGCUACCAACACAACAGGGACCUUGUGGCCCUAGUCAACAUGUUCAGCGACUCUGACAGAGACUUACCGCUCGGCUGGGACACGAAAUUGGACCGUAAUGGCAAGCGCUUCUUCGUGGACCACGUGAUGCGGCGAACAACAUUCAUGGACCCGCGGCUGCCGCGCGCGCCGGCCGCGGGCCCGUUCUCGCCGCUCCUGCCCACCCGGCGGCGCCCUCUAGUGGUCGAACAGGCCCCGACGCCACCGCCGCGGCCGCCGCUGUCCGCAGGCGACGCGCACGCGCGCACCAUGCAAGAUAUGCCCAUCGCGUACAACGACAAGGUGGUAGCUUUCCUUCGCCAACCGAACAUCAUGUCGAUCCUUCGAGAACGAUGCGGAGGUUCCGGCAGCGCCCUAAGAGACAAAGUCAACGCGGUCCGAGUGGAAGGGGUACCCGCCCUUAACAGAUACCAGAACGAUGUUCAGCUGACCUGCAUGCUAAGCCUGUUCGAGCAGGAGAUCAUGAGCUACGUGCCGGCGGAGGGCCGCGCGGCGCCGUCGCCGGCCGCGUCGCCGGCGGCCGCGCGCAGCACACGCGCGCCCGCGCCGCAGCGGCGGGACUUCGAAGCCAAGCUGAGGGCAUUCUAUAGGAAGCUGGAGAGUAAAGGCUACGGACAGGGGCCCGGGAAACUCAAGCUUCACAUCCGCCGCGAGCACCUUCUAGAAGACGCGUUCCGCCGCAUCAUGUCCUGCGGCAAGAAGGAGCUUCAGAAGGGCAAGCUGUGCGUCCUCUGGGACGGCGAGGAAGGCCUGGACUACGGCGGGCCCAGUCGGGAGUUCUUCUUCCUGCUGUCGCGCGAGCUGUUCAACCCUUACUAUGGCCUGUUCGAGUAUUCUGCCAAUGACACGUACACGGUCCACGUGUCGCCCAUGUCGGCGUUUGUCGACAACCAUCAUGAGUGGUUUCGUUUCUCCGGGCGCGUGCUAGGCCUGGCGCUGGUGCACGGCUACCUGCUAGAAGCCUGGUUCACACGCGCCCUGUACCGCGCCCUGCUACGGCUCUCGCCAGCGCUCGAAGACGUCGACGCGUUGGACGCGCAGUUCGCCGCCUCGCUGCGGUGGUUACAGUCCGCCCGCUGCGUGUCGUCCCUAGAGCUAACGUUCGCGGUGUCUGAACGUCUCGCCGACGGCCGCGUACUGGAGCGAGAGCUGAAGCCAGGCGGUCGCGAUGUGCCCGUCACGGAGCGGAACAAGAAGGAAUAUCUGGAGCGGGUGGUGCGCUGGAGGGUCGAGCGCGGCGUGGCCGAGCAGACCGAGUGGCUCGUGAGAGGCUUCCAUGAGGUGGUGGACCCGCGACUGGUGGGCGCGUUCGACGCGCGCGAGUUGGAGCUGGUCAUAGCCGGCGCGCCCGAGCUGGACGUGCCGGACUGGCGCGCGCACACCGAGUACCGCGGCGGCUACCACGACGCGCACCCCGUCAUCCUGUGGUUCUGGCAGGCCAUCGACAGGUUCACAAACGAGCAGCGGCUGCGACUGGUCCAGUUCGUGACUGGCACGUCAUCCAUCCCGUACGAGGGUUUCUCGGCGCUGCGGGGCUCCACGGGCCCGCGGCGCUUCUGCAUCGAGCGCUGGGGCCGCGUGGAGUCCCUCCCGCGAGCGCACACCUGCUUCAACCGCCUCGACCUGCCGCCCUACCCCACGCCGCAGCUGCUGCACGAGAAGCUGUUGCUGGCCGUCGAGGAGACCAACACCUUCGGCAUCGAGUGAACGCU